CUAAUUCAAAUUACUUAACGCGUAGAACGGGACGUCGUGAUAAAUAAAAUCAAAAGUCUCUUCUUCUCUUUCAGAUCUUGAAGGUUUCUUGCUAAAUAUGGCGGGAGAAGACAACAACAACAACCGCGAAGCUCAUCGAGGCGACGACCAUGAAGAAUCAAGUCCUCUCUUGCAAGUGAACGACACCAAAAUCUCCUCGAAAGGAGACACAAAGACGACGCCGAUUGCGCCUCCUCCCGCGGCGGAGAAAUACGGCUGGACGGCGGAUGGAUUGCCGGUGAACGACGGCAGCGUCAUCGGCGAACCGAUCGGGAGAAACCAGUGGAACUCCGGUCUGUUCUCGUGUCUCGGACGAAACGAUGAAUUCUGCAGCAGCGAUCUCGAAGUUUGUCUUCUUGGAAGUGUGGCUCCAUGUGUGCUUUAUGGAACUAAUGCAGAGAGGCUUGGGUCUGCUCCUGGAACGUUUUCGAACCACUGCUUGACGUAUUCGGGAUUGUACUUUAUUGGUAACUCUUUGUUUGGGUGGAACUGUCUUGCUCCAUGGUUCUCUUACUCCAGCCGUUCUGCCAUUCGCCGUAGGUUUAACCUUGAGGGAAGCUUUGAGGCAAUGAACAGGUCGUGUGGUUGCUGCGGUAGCUGCAUAGAGGACGAGAUACAAAGGGAACAUAUGGAGACGACUUGUGACUUUGUGACACACCUCCUUUGCCAUACAUGUGCCCUCUGCCAAGAAGGACGUGAGCUUCGCAGGAAGGUUCUUCACCCGGGUUUCAAUGCUGCUCAGUCCACUGUGGUGGUGCUCCCACCAGGUGAACAAACCAUGGGCCGUAAGUGA